AUGCGAACCUCUCCGAACGUGAUCAUCACUGGUACCCCUGGCGUGGGGAAGACCGUUCAUUGCGAACAACUCGCGCAAGAUAUCGGCCUGAAGCAUCUCUCUAUCAACCAAGUCGCAAAAGACCGUGGCUGCUUCGAUGAAUAUGAUGAGGAACUGAAAACCUGGGUGGUCGAUGAAGAUAAGCUUCUGGAUGCCCUCGAAGAUGAAAUUCCCAACGGUGGAUACCUAAUCGACUGGCAUGCUUGCGAUCUCUUCCCUAAAUCCUGGAUUGAUCUCGUCGUUGUCCUCCGGUGUCCCACUACAGAUGUUCUAUACGACCGACUUGCCUCGCGGGGUUACCACGAUAAGAAGCUUGAGGAGAACGUCGAUGCGGAAAUUUUUGGCGUCCUGCUAGAUGAAGCGCGGGAAGCCUUCGACGAGGAGGUUGUGGUGGAGCUGAACAGCGAGCAGGACAGUGAUGUGGAAUCCAACUGCCAGAGAAUCGCGCAGUGGGUGGAGUCGUGGAAGAAGACGCAGGCGGAAAAUGCGGACUGA